AUGGUGAAACUGUAUAGCAAAAAAUAUUUGCGGAAACCAAACGCGUAUGAUGUUCAACAGUUGUACCAAGCUCAUGAAGCAAGGCACAGGUUUCCGGGAAUGCUUGGUAGCAUUGAUUGUAUGCAUUGGGGGUGGCAUAAUUGCCCGACUGCGUGGCGCGGCCAAUAUACGCCAGGUGAUCACGGCUAUCCAACCGUGAUAAUUGAAGCCGUGGCAUCACAAGAUUUGUGGAUAUGGCAUUCUUUCUUUGGUCUCCCUGGUUCACUCAACGACCUCAACGUGUUAUACCAAUCGGCGAUCUUUACCGAUGUCGUUAAUGGAACCGGUCCGGACACACGUUUUACAGUUUCUGGGGUUGAGUAUAGACGUGGGUAUUAUCUUGCUGACGGGAUAUAUCCGUCUUGGUCUACAAUUGUAAAGACUAUUCCAUAUCACGAGGACGAAAAAAGGAAAAAAUUCGCCAAGCGUCAAGAAGUUACAAGAAAAGACAUCGAACGUGCUUUUGGUGUCUUAUAA